AUGUACAUUUGCAGUUCUUGCGAUUUCCAACACAAUCAAGCUAGUCGCAUGCGAGAACAUCUGAUCGUUCACUCUGAGAAAUUCUACCAGUGCGACAAGUGCUCUCUGAAAACUAAACACGAGAAAUAUUUGCGACAACACCUCAAAUACGUCCACAGAGACCCUGAUACUGCCAACAUUUUCGUUUGCGACAUGUGCGAUUUUAAAACGCACAGGAGCAAUUUACUACGAAAGCACAAGAUCACUCAUACAAUUGUUGGUAACCAGAAGAAGAAAGUGGAAAUGUACAAAUGCGAGAUUUGCAAUUUCAAAGCGAAGAAGAAGUUUUUCGUCGACCGCCACGUGAACAUUCACAGACCACCAUCCGAAAGGGUUGUUUACAAAUGCGAAUUGUGCCCUUACACUUCCAAAUUCAAGGGAGGCGUUUCUAGUCACAUGACUGUGCAUAAGAAACCGUCGGAAAUCACCAUGUACGAAUGCGAGGUUUGUCCUUACAAGGCAAAAUGGUCGCACUGUUUGCGCAACCAUCUCAAAACUCACAAAAAGAAAGAAGUUCCUGUUCACAAGUGUGAACAUUGCAACUUCAAAGCGAACAACAAAUACAGCGUUACUACCCAUCAGAAAUCUACUCACAAGGAGCUUUUCGAGAAACCAAAGAAGGAAUACAAAUGUGACCUCUGUGAUUACACGGGGAAAUGCACUAGCAAUAUUACUAGACACAGAAUUAUUCACCAGAAAAUUUCAAAAGCGGAACUGUUCACUUGUGCUAUAUGUGGCUCACAGAUGAAGAGAAAAAAAUCUUUGAAGUAUCAUAUCCUCACCUUGCACGGUUUUUUAGAGAAAAACAUGGUUUCGUCUUAGAUAGUUUUUGCCAUUGUUCGAAAAGUGUUAUGGAUAUCACUCUGUCAUUAUAUUUGUUCGAUUUCAGUUUGCAUGUUCAGAGCUAGUGUAUAAAUUUCCGUAGAGCGUAAAUAAUCUAUAUAUGCUUGUAGAAUCAAAUAUUUGAUGAAAAACAUCUAAGCUUCGUGUGACAGAAGUGUUCAUCCCUCUUCUAUGCAAAAAUAUUGAACUGGACUGCCAAAUGCCAUCAACUUGUACAAAAACUUUCACCCCAUUGAAAUCCAGCCAUCAAAGCAACAGAUCAUCCCUCUAUUAUUUGUUCAAUUGCUUUUUUGUUCCAGCGCAAAUCCUCACUACUCAA